UGGGUUUGUGUUGGCACAGAGGCAUUGGAACUAUUCACGAAGGACAUAUCCCUGCCAGUCGAGUUGAGGAAUCUUCCUUACGAUUACAAUAGCGUCAUGCACUUCGGCGCGAGGGAAAACAGCAAGAACGGGCACAGGACCAUUCUUUUUAAGGAUCCCAAAAGAACACAAAAUCGUGUAGGACUAAGUGAAAUUGAUCUGAGGAAAAUCGAAGUCGUCUACGGACCUGAAUGCUUGAAGAGGGACAGACAAGCAAAGAUCGAUCUCUGUCAGUCUUACCCGGGUGUAGCCAGGAGGAAAAGAGACGUAAGAAUCAGCGAAAGCCUACGGAUCAAUCCUGAUAUAACACCUUUCCCAAAGAACCUUAAUAUAAGCGAGAACGACGAAAUUAAUUCCGCAAUUAUUGAUGACGAUUUAAAAUCAACGUUAGACAAACUCGAAAUUACUGAUGAAAUGGAAAUAUUGAUAGAGGAAAUACAUACAGUUAUAGACAUGGCCGUAUUAAGGGCCAAAACAAGACACUGCAAUGGCACUACGAAACAUAACAGUGUUCCUAAAAUAAACGCGACCAAUACAGAUUUAUCGGGAGCCGUUGAAAUAAUAACUAAUUUGGUUAUAAGUAACGUUGAAAACGCUUUGACGAGAAAAGAUUUUUGCACGUCUAAGGACAUUCCAAUAGCCAGAUGCGGUUAUGGAUCCGACGAUAGAUGUAGGCAGACGUACAGAUCCACGAAAUCGGGUGCAGUUAAAUAUUCAACGCAACACAGACCUACUUAUUACCAAUCGACGAACCAUUAUCCUUUGUCGAGAAUAAAACAUUUGCUAAGAUCCCAAGGCGAUAAGAAUACCACAGACGCAAAAGGAUCGGAUAGUAUAUCGGAUGUGAAUGUAGAAGCUAAAAAAGAUAGAGUAAGAAAGAAAAGAAGUUUAGAUGGAGACGUAGAAGAAGAUAGUGUUAGGAAAUCGGAAAAGGGUAGCGAAGAACCUGGAAAUUUGUCUUCGAAUCACGUUACUGAAGCUCUUGAUGCCGUCUUGAAGAAUGAAACUGGUGGUAGAAUGUUUUUUAAGGCGCGACAUUACAGCGUCAAGAGCAAAAAUCAAAUGUCGAAUAUAGAUUGGGAGGAUUCGAAUUUGUCACUGGAGACGAACAGAAAAAUUAGUACUAAGAAAAAUGAUCGAGAAUAUUCUAGAAACGUAUUUACCGAAAUGACUGAAGUUUAUUCUGAGAGGCAAACGAAGAAAAGGCUACGGCAACAGAAACAGAAGGAAAAAUCCGGUUCGAGGUUCGCGCCGAAAACCGUCAGACUCACGAAGUUGAACAAAGAAUUUUACGAGGACAGAAAAUGGCCCUCCGGCGUCGUUAGAUACGUCAUAAAAGAUAACGCGCAAUACGAUGUCCCCGGACUAAGAAGACGACUGGAAGAGGUUAACGAGAUAUUGAUGGAGAAGACUUGUGUUAGAAUACGCGAGCUAUCCGAAGAUGAAGUCGGGAAAUACAAAGAUUACCUCGUCAUAGAUGAUAGUCCAGACUAUGUGACUGGAAGAGUUGGGGGCAGACAGAACUUUGGCAGCAUUGAGCUGCUGCGCGGCGGCCAACAUCGACAGCAUACCGCCAUGAUGGUCAUGGCGAUGCUGGGCUUCUACUUCGAAGUGGCCCGUCACGACCGCGACCUUUACAUUAAGGUUCACCCCAGACACAUCAGACCCGAUAAGCUCCAUCAUUUUGAGAAAAUACGACCUGACGCCACGUUUGAUUUGGCGUACGACUACAAAAGCGCCACACACCCGGCCUGGCAGUACUGGAGGCAAAUAGGCAGGACCGGAAUAUCUUCGGUUGCGACCUACAAAGAUCAGGAUCCCGACGGCUCCAUAAUGCGUUCACUAGGCCAAAACGAAGAGCUGUUAUCAGAUAUCGACAUAAUCAAGAUAAACUCAGUGUAUGGAGUCAAAUGUUUCCGAAACCAGAACUAAUAAAAUCGUAUUACAGUUUUAAUUUUAA